AUGGACCUUCGAGAAAGUAGGGUGACAGAAAUGAUCCAAAGGGAUGACAGAUCAAAGUGGUUAUCAUAUAGCAAUCAUAACAUAAAAUGCUUCACAAAGGGCGAGAUGGGAAGAAUUACCAGCAACUAUGGAAAUAUCAUUGGAAAAGGCAGCUUUGGAGAAGUUUAUAAAGGUAUUCUCCAAGAUGGGAGUACAGUUGCAGUCAAGAGAUUUGUGCACAAUGUGGAAGAAGAUUUUGCCAAAGAGCUGAAAGUCCACUCUGAAAUCAACCACAGGAAUGUUGUUAGACUCAUAGGGUAUUGUGCAGAGGAAAAUGCCCUAACGAUUGUCACUGAAUAUAUAUCUAAAGGGAACCUUAGUGAUGUUCUUCACAAUCACUGCAUUUCGAUCUUGUUGGAUACACGACUGCAGAUCGCAGUGGAGUGUUCAGAGGCACUGGCCUACAUGCAUUCACAAAUGUAUACUCAGGUCAUUCAUGGUGAUAUCAAGCCUUCCAAUAUACUGUUAGAUGACAAUUUCAAUGCAAAAAUAUCUGACUUUGGAGUAUCAAGACUAGUUAACACAGACGCCACCCUUUUCACUGAACAUGUAAUGGGGAGCAUAGGUUACAUGGACCCUUUGUUUGCUCGCACCGGGCGUCUAACCUCAAAGAGUGAUGUUUACAGUUUUGGAAUCGUUCUGCUCGAAUUGAUUACAAAGAAAAAGGCAACAACGAGAAAUGGGAAAAUCGGCAUUGUUGAAUGUUUCACCCAAGCUCUUGCAACACAGACCAUAACCAUGAGAGAGUUGUUUGAUGUUGAAAUCUCAAGCCAGAACAACAUGAAGGUUCUUGAAGCGGUUGCAAAGCUAGCAGGAGAAUGUUUGAGGAUGGAAAUGGAUAGACGCCUUGAGAUGGUAGUUGUGGCAGAACGCCUUCGGGCGCUCAGGAAAACUCAAGUUCAAGGAAAACAAAUGCUCAUUAAAUUUCCUUGGGGAUGGAGGAACAAGCCUUCCAACUUGUGCCGACAUUUCUCACUUACGGAGAUGAAAUCCGCAACAGGAAACUUUAAUGAGUCGCACCUUGUUGGGCUGGGUAGAUCUGGCAAAGUUUACUAUGGACUGAUUGAUGAGGGAGCAACCGAGGUGGCUAUCAAACGUGGCAUAGUUGUGCAGGAUGUGAACUUUCACGAAGAAAUAGCAAGAACAGAAAAGCUCCGUCACCACCAUCUCUUAUCAUUGCUUGGUUACUGCAAAGAGAAUGACGAGAUGAUACUGAUCUACGACUAUAUGGCUCAUGGCACUCUGCAUGGGAGACUUUACGGCUACAACACCGAGGAGCCACCGCUUACGUGGAGGCAGCGUCUAGAUGUCUGCAUCGGUGCAGCUCGUGCCCUGUACUACCUUCACAAGCGUUCGAUCAUUCACGGUGACCUGACGACGACGAAGAUUCUGCUAGACAAGACAUGGGUCGCCAAGGUUUCACUUUCACGUGCAAUCUCACCGAAGCAGCAUUAUUGGUGUAACGACAAGGAAUCAGAUGUAUAUUCUUUUGGCGUCAUGCUGUUUGAGGUUCUGUGUGCUCGGGCUGCUUUUGAUCUCACUCUUCCAAGAAAUCAACUUAACUUGGUAGAAUGUGCUCAAAAUUGCAAGAAGAAGGGCAUCCUUGAUCUGAUUGUUGAUCCCUAUCUUGAAGGAAAGAUUGCUCCACGGUGCUUGAACAAGUUUUUUAAGACUGCUCAGAAAUGUGUCACUGAUCACCCUUCCAUGAGAGAAGUGCUCAAGGGCCUAGAGAUGUGUCUUUCGGAACAAAGCAGAGGCCUUGGUGAUGAUACAUCGGGCGAUGAUGGCACUAAUCGUCCUUCAACGGAAGAGCGUCGGCACAAGCUGGAGAUGUACCUUCAAGAGGAAAGCGGAAGCAAUGAUAGUGAGGUAGGGAUAUCAGAUGGCAAUGAAAGCGGAAGCUAUCUUAGGGAGAAGUUCGAGUUGCCCGAAUAG